AUGAGGCCCCAACCAAGGCCGGCAGUGGUCAGUAGAAGCAGAAAGGGGUCCCUGCCCCAGGUACGGGCACAACCGGUGGGCAUCCCUGUGUCCCAGAGGACCGAUUCUCUCCACUCUCAUGGGAUGCGUCUGCUCUGGGUCCCUAGGAGGUCCUUCCUCACCCUGCUUCUGCUGGCUUCCAUCAAGCAAGUUACAGGAUCUCUCCUGGAGGACACAACUCGGAAGUGGGCUCAGUAUAAGGAGAAGUGUCUGAGAGACUUGCGCAAACAACCUUCUGGCAUCUUUUGCAAUGGAACGUUCGAUCAGUUUGUGUGCUGGCCUCAUUCUCCUCCUGGAAAUGUCUCUGUUCCCUGCCCUUCAUUCUUACCUUGGUGGACUGAAGAGAGCCCAAGAAGGGCCUACAGACACUGCUUGGCUCAGGGGACUUGGCAGACGCGAGAGAACGCCACAACUAUUUGGCAGGAUGACUCAGAAUGCUCAGGGAACUACAGCUUCAAAAAGAAUGUGGAGCACUAUGCCUUGCUGUCCACCUUGCAGCUGAUGUACACCGUGGGCUACUCCCUCUCUCUCAUCUCGCUCUUGCUGGCUCUUACACUCCUCCUGUGUCUUCGGAAACUGCACUGCACACGCAAUUACAUCCACAUGAACUUGUUUGCUUCGUUCAUCCUGAGAGCACUGGUCGUCCUGGCGAAAGACAUCGUCUUCUACAACUCUUACUCCAAGAGGCCUAACAGUGAGAGCGGAUGGAUGUCAUACAUGUCAGAGGUGUCUGCCUCCUGCCGCUCCGUCCAGGUCCUUCUGCACUACUUCGUGGGUGCCAACCACUUGUGGCUGCUGGUGGAAGGGCUUUACCUCCAUGCUCUGCUGGAGCCCACAGUGCUUCCUGAAAGGCGGCUGUGGCCCAGAUACCUGGUGGUGGGCUGGGCCUUCCCCAUGCUGUUUGUUAUUCCCUGGGGUGUCACCCGUGCACACCUGGAGAACACAGGGUGCUGGACAUCAAAUGAAAACAAGAAAAUCUGGUGGAUUAUCCGAGGACCCAUGCUGCUUUGUGUGACAGUCAAUUUCUUCAUAUUCCUCAAAAUUCUCAAACUUCUUAUUUCUAAGCUCAAAGCCCAUCAGAUGUGCUUCAGAGACUAUAAAUACAGAUUGGCAAAGUCCACGCUGCUCCUCAUUCCUUUAUUGGGGGUUCAUGAGGUCCUCUUCUCUUUCAUCACUGAUGACCAACUUGAAGGAUUUUCAAAACUUAUUCGACUCUUCAUCCAGCUGACCCUGAGCUCCUUCCAUGGAUUUCUGGUGGCCUUGCAGUAUGGCUUUGCCAAUGGAGAGGUGAAGGCCGAGCUGCGCAAGUUCUGGGGCCGCUUCUUGCUAGCUCGCCGCCACUGUGGCUGCAGAGCCUGUGUGCUGGGGAAGAACUUCCGGUUCCUGGGGCAAUGUCCCAAGAAGCUGUCAGAGGGAGAUAGUGCUGAGACACUUCGGAAGCUCCAGUCCUCAACCUGCAGUUCACACUUGGCCUCUGAGACCCUGGGGGAGCUGGGGGCUAGGCCCAUGCCGGGCCGUAGAGCUUGGCCCCGGGGAAGCAGCCUGUCUGAGAGCAGUGAGGGGGACUUCACCCUGGCCAAUACCAUGGAGGAGAUUCUGGAAGAGAGUGAGAUGUAAGGCAGGGUCCAUCGCCCCAGCUCUGCAACUGGGGACUCCCGAGAGACCCGGAUGUUGCUGAGCCAGGGGAUCUUCCUCCUGCCCACUAUGCCCAUUCUGAUGUGAAGUCUCUCCUGGGUCAUCAAGCUCCAUAUAAAUGAGCAUGUGUAAUGCCCACAGCUCUUCCAGUCCUGGUCACCCUACUGGCUCCCUUGCCAGGUGUAUUUCCUAGAAUGUCCACUGGUCUCUGUGGCCUUGCCCUAAACUCAAGUGAAUGGAACCUGCUAUGAAGAGAAAUUACUUAUUAAAUAGGGUCCAGCUAGUGUCUCCUUCCCCCUCAUGGUACAUGGAUGGCUGCCUCCCGGGUGUAGGGUGCACUGGGACCCUACAGAAAAGUUUAAAGUGUCAAGGCCUGGGAUCAUGGCCAACACUCUGAGAGAACAAGUCUGAGGUGAUGACUAAGAAUUGGAAGCAUUUACCAAGCAUCUGAGGAAAUUCUGGAAGGUUCUCCCUUGGCAAACCCUGGGCAGGAUGGAUGGAGUAGCUAAUCAUGCACUUGCUCCUCACUGGGGACAUACCGCGCUCCUCAGACCGGGUGUGACCCCAUGUUGUUCCCGAGACCUCUCUCCUCCCUGUUUCUCCUCUCUUUCUCACCUGUCAAACUUUGCCCCCUUUCUCCAUCUCACAUUCUAUUGGGGUUAACAGGAGAUUGAAUGUCACAGUACUGCGUGUUAGUGUCUGUCCUUGUUGCUGCGGACAAAUACCUGACAAGUAGCAGUUUCAGGGGGGAAGUGCUGUAUGGGCUCCUGGUUUGAGAGUGUGGUCCAUCAAGGUGAGGAAGGCACAGUGGGAAGAGGGGUUCUUGUGGAGCUGAGAUGGCUCGUCAGGCGGCUAGUCACUGUCUCGUCAGCAUGCUGGUUGCUUUCUGUCAACAUGACCCAAACCAAGACAUCUCCGGGAAGAGGGACUCUUAACUGAGGGCUACCCUCCGUCAUAUUGUUCCAUAGGUAGAUCUGUGGGAGCAUUUUCUUGAUUAAUGAUUGAUAUGGGAGAGCCCAACCCACUGUUGGUGGUGCCGCCCUAGGUCCUGGGUUAUAUAAGAAAGCAGGGUGAGUGAGCCAUGAGGAGCAAGCCAGUA